AUGGGAUUUUGUUCAUUUUCUAGAUGUGAAAUUUUCUGCAAUAACUUAAACCCUUUUAGUAACAAAAAAAAUAAUUAAAACAAGUAACUUCCUAAUUAUGCUAAUAAUUUUUAAAGACUAUAAUCAAGCGAUGAAGGUAUAAUGAGGUAGAGCUUUGAUGAUCAGUAGGAAGAGUAGAAAAAUUAAUUUUCAGCAGAACUAAGUUUUAAUAACUUUGAAGAAGAAAAAAAAUAAGAAACUAAUAUGUAAAAUGAUAUACCUCCUGUAAAUGAGGGUGAAUUGCUUUCUUAAGAAUUAUAUUAGUCGUUUUAAAAUACACAACUAGCUGAUUUGAGCAAAUUUGUUGAAAGGGCAUUUGAUCCUACUAUAAAUCUAAAAGAAUAUUAUAAUCAGGUGCAAAUAAACCAAUCUAAUUAGCCUUCUAAAAGAGGUAAAUCUGAGUAUAGGCUAAUUACCUUCUUUAUUAACUCAGUAAAAUAUCAUUUGCAUGCAUAUAAAAUUUUAUUAGGUAAAUAAUAUGUUGAUGAAUAUAAAAAAUUCAAAACUCUUAAAGAUUUGCAUUAACAAAAUGAUUAAAAUGCAAAAGAAAUUAGCAUCAAAAGUAUAUCUUAAGAUGAUUGCAUCAUACACUACUUUUUAUUGAAAUAAUAAUGA